AAAAAAAAAAGGAAAAGAAAGAAUACCUUCUUCGUCUUUCUGAAUCCAAAGGUCAGAACUGAAAAGCAUUUGCUUCCCAGAUGGACUCUCAGACCAAAACAGGAAAGGCUUACCUCCAACCACACAAAGCUGGCAAAAAAUGGAAACCAGUGUGGUUAUCUCUGUUUCCCCAUACCAGCAGUGGAGGGGGUCGACUGGAGAUUCAGGAUAUGGGAGGUGGCGCUGCUGGAGGUGAUCAUGGUGCUGGGUUCAGGAGACACAACCAGCUGAAUAUGGACAGGAAGCUGAAUGUGGUCAGACUGUCUGAGCUGAUCAGUGUCCUCAGACUCCCCCCAAAUGCUGAGGCCUGUCCCAUGGAUAACAUGUCGGCAUUUUGUGUGGAGACACAGGACAGAACAAUGGUGUUUGCUGCAUUCAAAGACGACUGUACAGAAUGGGUAGAAAAACUGUGUAACAGCAUGUUUCAGCGAGGUGGUGGCUCAGGUUCUAAACAGUUUCAUAUGGAGGAGAACGAGAUAUAUGCCUCAGCAGAUGAAGCCUCAGAGUACUGGGUGGUAGUUCAAAAGACUGAUGCAGCAACACGUUGCGGUCUGCAAGGGUCAUACUGGCUGCAGGUGGGGCAAGAGGCACUGCUGCUGAGAGAAACACAGAAGAAAAACAUCGUUCGAGAAUGGCCGUAUGAACUGCUAAGACGAUAUGGAAAAGAUAAGGUGGCCUUAACAAUUGAAGCAGGUAGACGCUGUGACUCUGGUCCUGGAUCAUUCACCUUUGAGACACAGCAGGCUGAGAAGAUAUUCUCCCUGAUUCAGAGUAACAUCAAGCAGAAGACCUCAACUGUUACUUUAGGCAACCAAACCCAAGAGGGUGAGCAAGCUAUAUUAACCAACACACAGGCUCAUUCCCCUCUCUGCAAAAUACCUGAUAUGAUUAGUACGGCUGUCACUCUUGAGAACAAACUGAGGACACAGGAGAGGAAAUCUGUUUUAGAGGAGAGUGCACGUGGAAAUCAAGAAGGAUUGGUUGGUUCAUCUGAGUGUGUAUCAACCCAGCCAGCUCCUAUCACCCUCAUGCCUCUCCCACUGGUCCCCACACAUGACAGUCACUCUGGUUGCCAUCUUGGGGGCCAAUCAGAAGCUGUAUAUGCUGACCCGGCUGAUUGUAUUCAAACUGCACCAAAAGCGCAAUCACCCUUGGCUAUGUAUGUAGACCCUGCAAGCGUUCUCCCACUCAAACCCCCCAGUUCAAGAAAUACUGUCCCUCCCCCUCCUAACUCCUCUGCUUCACAUACCUGCUUUAACAUUUGUCGUCCAGAUUCAGUCUACUCUGAAGUAUACGACAAAAUCAGCCCAGUCCAGAAUAAACAAAAUGUCACUCAGAGCAAAGGAGAAACAACAUGUUUUGCAGACGAUGAACCCAUUUAUACUGAGCCUAUGAGGAAGAAGGAGGAAGAUUCUCAUAAAAAUGAAAGCAAACCCGACCCGUUUGCCCACCUUUAUGCUCAAGUCUGCAAAAAAUCAGCAUCAUCUAGCCCUUCUUCAUCAUCUGUCACUAUCCCUACUUGCUCUGCAUCUUCCUCCUCUGUUACUGCAAGCAUGAGUGCAGACCAGUCGCUUGAUGUGAUUUAUGAAAACCUGGGCAUCAUUUAAUUCAGUUGUACCUGUACCAUAAUACUAAAAUACUUAAACCAAACCUAUGUAGAGUCUGACAUAUUUGCUUACAAUGACUACUCGAGUUUAUUGUGAAACAUUGUAUUGUAUCUGUUCUUCUCAUUCAUGGAUGCAUUUUCUGUUGUGUAUAUAUGUAAACAUUAUUGCUUAUGAUUUCUGAAGAAAAUGACCAUUGUUGUGUCAGUAUUCAGAAAUAGUAUAGAUGUGAACAAAGUAAAGUUUGUAGCAAACAUAUUAUGGUUGGUAUACUAAACUAACUAGAGAGGGCCAAAUUUCUAAGUCAAAAGACGACUCCACUGGUGCAACAUUGCACAUAACAUCAUGGACUGCAUUAGAAAAAUAGAUGAAGCAGAAAGAGAGAUAUUAUCUUUUUUAUUUCACACAUUCUUCUUCCUUGUCAAAAUCUGGUGUCCACAUUACCCACAAUGCAACUGUACCACUGAGAAUUCAGUGGUAGAGAUAGAUUCAAGUGGGUGCUAGUAGGAGCUAGUGUAGCCUCGAGCAUCUAGCUUCAAUCAGACAUGUUGAGCAGGCUACAGAGUGCCUUUCUAACUCUCCACCCUCAGAUCUACUCCCUCUGAAGCCACAAAAGGCUUUAUACAACGUCACAUAAUGCAAUGAUACUACCUGUAAACAGACUUCAAAUAGUUUGAGUUCCCCUUUAAAUUAAUGCAGCCCCAAUUGAAAAAUAUUGUGUUAAUAUUUUGAAAAUAGUAAUUCCAAAAACAAAGUGAUAGGAUCAGAUGUAUGCAUGGGCAAGUCUCAGACUUUUCUCAUAUUUAUACCUUGUGACACAUGAUAGUAUUAUUGUAAUACCAUAAAGUUGACAGUAUAUGAAAGUGUUCAAUACAUGUUUGUUGGUUUGCUUAUGAUGAUGUUUUUCUGAAUAAGUCAGGGAAGAAUGUUUACAUGAAAAUGCUCUGUAGCAAUUUUUCAUCUAUGUCCGAUUGUUUUUGUUGGAUUAUGUAUUGUGAUGUACAAAUAGUUCUCUAUCAAUAGUAAAGUUAAAAUCAGUAUUUGUCGUUUUCAUAGAGUGAUGCUGAAAAUAUUCAAAGUGGUGCUGUCCUGUCCCGUCACCCAUUCUAUCUGAACAACAAAUUGUACGACAUACACAGACAGCAACCAUUGUAGAUGUUUUUUCUAACGUAUAUAUUAACUUCAUAUGUUGGUCAAAAUGAUUUCAAGAACUCAACCUAUUUUUGGUAGUGUAUAGUUGAAAUGAAAUUUUAAAAACUUAACCGUUGGUCAAUACAAUACAUUCAAGUGUGUUACUGCUACAGCCUUGCUUGGUCUGAUAUGAUCACCAUAUUGCUGUGUGACAGUGCAUUUGUUUCACCACAUUUAGUAUUUGCCAUUAUCCUACACUGUAAGUGUCACUAUUCAGUAAAAGUUGCAUUGUUUUUACAAGUUUUUAAUAAAAAAAGUAUGAAAGCUG